AUGAGAUCUUUUUUUUAUGAAUUUAAGAGCUUCUGGGGCCACAGCUAUGAAUGUAGCAGUGACACCUCCAACUAUGUGAAACAAUGCAAUUCCAUCCUGGUGAAAAAAGGCAGCUGGAUGUUUUAUGAGAACCCUAAUUACUCAGGACACAAAGUACUUCAAAAAGGUGAGUAUACUGACUUUCAGAAGUGGUUCAUUCUCUGCAACUCCAUCAGGUCUUGCCACAUAAUCCUACAAAUCUGUUCCUCAGUGUUUGAAGCUGGCUCUUGGAUCUUGUAUGGAAUGCCCAACUUCAGGGGCUGACAGUGUUUACUGAAACCCAGGGAAUACAGAAGAUUCCUUGACUGGGGUGCAGUAAAUGCUAAAAUUGGCUCUUUGCAGAAGCUGGCUGACUUGCACUGA